AUGAGUUUUAUAAUAAUUUUUUUGAUAAUAAUUAUAGAAGUAGUAAUGGUUACACUUAUCCUGAUUCAAUUAAUCAUGAAUAUCUUAGAGAACUUCGAAAUUUCUAUUAUGCAAAUAACAGAAACAACAACAAUCGUCGUUCUAAUGUACCAGCUGCUACUCAACACAAUGUUGACAAUACUUUUGGAAACAACAUUAAUAACAAUUUAAAUAAUAAUAAUACCAGUAGUUAUGCCUAUAAUAAUAAUUAUCGAAACAGAAGAACAUCGUUGGAUGUCAGAAAUCGUUUUGUUCGUAAUAAUAGUAAUAAUUUAGAUACAUAUAACAUGAGCAGACAUGAUAAUGAUAGCAGUAAUUAUGGAAUUCAUAAUAGUACUAACUAUGACAAUGCCAAUAAUAUGGACGAUUUAGAGUUUUCUAUUUUAUAUAAUAAUGUUCAAAACACUUGUAAUAGUAGGGGUAAUUUACAAAAAGAAUUCGAAGACUAUUAUAAAAAUUAUUUACAUCCAGUUAGCUACAAUAAUAGAAAUAUGAUUUUAAAAAAGGAGUUUACUCAUCAUAAAGAUUAUAAUUUUAAUGACUAUGCUACAGAACCAGAUGAUAUUAACAAAGAUAUCAGUAGCAGUAACGAAAACAGUAGCAAUAACGAAAUUAAUAAUAAUAUACACAACAUGCUUAAUCUGAAUUCUCCUAAUGAAAAAAUAAAUAACAACAUACAAAAUGGAAGGGAGGGAUAUAAUGAUAAAAAUCCUUUUACUCAUUUUUCGCAACUGAAUAGCAAGAGAGAUAGUAAGAAUACCAAAACUCGACUUCAUUCGGGAAAUAUUGAAGUAAAAGAAAAAUUUUUAACCCAUUCUUAUCAAGCAAUGUUGGAAAAUGAACAUACUAAUACAGUAGAUGAAAAAAAUA